UGCGGGGACUGGAGCUGGAAGUAGACACACUAGGGUCUAUCUGCAGGAGAGACACGCUAUUGGCCGCGGAGGGCCCCAUAAGGGAGGAGCGAGCGGGAUUCAGACACGAAUGUUUGGUUUCCAGCUGUCAGUCAUAUAACUUGCAGUAGGCUAUAUUCCCGUGGAUCACCUGUGCGAGGCUGAAAUGGACGACCAAGGGUGUCCGAGAUGCAAAACAACCAAAUACAGAAAUCCGUCGCUGAAGUUGAUGGUGAACGUCUGCGGCCACACGCUAUGCGAGAACUGUGUGGAGAUGCUGUUUGUGCGUGGUUCGGGUAACUGUGUGCAGUGUGACACGCCCCUGAGGAAGAGCAACUUCCGUGUACAGCUCUUCGAAGACCCGACCGUUGAUAAGGAGGUAGAGAUUCGCAAGAAGGUGCUGAAGAUAUACAACAAGAGAGAUUUUGACUUCCCCAGCCUGAGAGAAUAUAACGACUACCUUGAGCAAUUGGAGGACAUAGUGUAUAACCUGACAAACAACAUUGAGGUGGAGAACACCAAGCUGCGGAUGGAGCAGUACCAGAGGGAGAACAGAGAUCUCAUCCAGAGGAAUAAGGUUAAACUUACACGAGAGCAGGAGGAGCUGGAGGAGCUGUUGUUGCUGGAGCAGCAGGGCAAUGAGCAGCGGAGACUGGACUUGCUGCAGGAGGAGCAGAGGCAGCUACAGGCUAAGAGGAAGAACAAGCAGGCUCUGCUGGAUGAACUGGAGCAGUCUCAACUUCCUGCUACCAUCUUGCUUGCCCAGCACAAGGUCCGUGCUGCCAAGCUGGAGACCCAGAUAGAGCAACAGAAGCAGGCGGUCAAACCUACCAGUUUAUUUUCAACUGGAAUCCAUAUGCGCCAGACGGUGUCUCUUCAGCCUGCUCCUAAGAUAGAGGAAGUUCUGUAUCACUACAAACCCCUUCAAGUUGAAACCUAUGGCCCCUUAGUGCCUGAACUGGAGCAGCUGGGCAGACUCGGGUAUCUGAACCACGUGCGGGCUGCCAUGCCUCAGGACACAGCUGGAGGAUACACCUCAGCUUUGGCAUGUCAUCGAGCUCUUCAGGAUGCUUUCAGUGGGCUGUUCCCUCUGAAACGUUGAGCACAUCAGAGCUAAAACAGCCACUGUUUAGAAAUGUGACUGAAAGGACAAUAAAAGCCACACUGCUACAGAGA